GGGGCUUCCAUUAUGGGAAUACAUGGCAUUACCAUGUGAGCUGACAUACAGGAUGUUAAAAGUUUUUCGGCUUCAUCAUUCGAUUUUAAUUUUUUCAAGUCUAUUACAAUUCGUAUCCAGUACGAAUGCGGAGGGUGCAAAACAAAUUUCAAUAAUGUGCUCUUAUGUGGACCAUGGGAUCAUUUGGUGCUCGAAACUUGCAGAAGAAACAGUCGAGCAUUGGGUCUCCUUUUUGGACGAAACAAUCGAUGACGUGACGGCCAACGAGACCCUGGCCGAUUUAUUGCGAGGCGUAAAAACUGGGGAUCCAAACCAGAAAUUCUUACUGACCUGCGUCGAAAAAGAAAGAGAGGAUGGGUCUAGCGAACUGCGCUCUUGUCACAAAAAUGCUCGGCUGACCUCGAACGAAACCAAAAUGCCUUCCGAUUUCGACAGAAGCCAUGAACUGGCCCCCGGUGUGACCGUUCCGGAGAACGUCCACCUCAUUUUCGUCGAUUUCGAUGUGAACGACGUCACCGAAACACAUCAACUUCAAGCCAGACAAUGCAACAAACCAGGUAGAAGCCCUAGAGAUGCAAAUCGGUGCGCCAUGGAAAUCAUGCGCGUGGUGAGACGAACGGAUUCGCGCUCUCCGCAGCGGAGCAAUCGAAGCAGGGGCAGGAGCCCACCCCCAAAGCGACGAUCACCCCAACGAGGAUCGCCCGGGACCAACGCGAACUUCCAAAAGGCACCUUCGUUCUCGGCCCCACCGAGACAGCAGUCCCCACCGAGACAGCAACCCCCGCCAAGUCAGCAGAUCCCGUUCGAGAUGGAUUACCCUGAGUCGCCGCCGACCCGCGACCGACCGCUCACGGUCGCGGAGCUCCUAGCGCCGAACAACAGCCUCCCCACGGACCACGUCGAGGACGAUCUUCCGACGGACGGCACGCCGCCCGUCGCCCGAGAAAGGCUGUCCGAGCCGGUUGACGCUGACGCUGUCACGGCACGCCUCGCGGCACUCUUCGGGAAAAAUGGAGGCGGGCAGGAUGAAGACCGGCAGGACGAGGGCAGGUCGGAUAAAGACUUCAUGUUUUGAUGAAAUUGAAAUGAUAGCACCAUAAAUUGGACGUAUUUCUGUUAAACGGACCUA